AUAAAUUCCAAGCUCCAUAUCAUGUCCAUCUAAAUUCUUGAAGGAAGCCAUGAAGGUUCAGCAGCUGAUGUCAGGCUUCUGGGAGCAACUCCCUUCUUCCUCUUCGUCUUCUUCUUCCUCCUCCAUCUCCUCUUUGACGACCGAUAAGUCUAAGCGCCUCCGUCCACUUGCACCGAAGCUCACCUCCACCGCUGCUGCUUCGACCGCCGACACCAGGAACUCUCCUCUCUUGAAAAGCUUCGAUUGCCCGGUGACCUCCAAAAGCACCUCCGGAAACCUUAAUGUCUCACUAUUGCAGUUGCAGAUGCAGUCAGGGGGUACGCGGUGGAACCCGACGCCGGAGCAGAUAGAGGUACUGGAGGCGCUGUACCAGGGUGGCAUGCGAACGCCGAACCCGCCCCAGAUCGAGCGGAUCGCUGCAGAGCUUGGCAAGUACGGUAGGAUCGAGGGCAAGAACGUGUUCUACUGGUUUCAGAACCACAAGGCACGCGAUCGGCAGAAGCUAAAGCGCAGCUCGCUCCUCGCCCUUGCCACCAACACUGCUUCUGAUCUCUCCAGUCUCAAAGAAGAAGAAAUGAGGGAGUGCCAUGACGGCAGCUGCAAGCGCAAGUGCAGGAGCUGGGGCCGCCAUGAGCUGGACGUGGAAGGGAGUGGGCCAGGUGAUCAGACCUUGGAGCUCUUCCCACUGCGCCCAGAAUGGAAGCAUGCAGAUCGAAUAGCAUCUACAGAGAAUUAAGACCACCGUUCUUUCUUUCUUCUUUGAUCGUUAGCUUGGCUGUCUCACUUUGCCCUCAUGUUGAGCCAUGUUUCUUGACUUCCUUUUUUCUCACAGCUUCUUUUGAAGCCCAUAGGAAAGUGGAGCUUCUUUUGUUGCA